UCCGUGUCACUGUUGACCCACAGGGCUUGGCACAGCCUCAUCUGCCUCGCCUCGUGCCGAUGACAGGCCGAGCUUGCCUGUAUUUGGAGAAUCCUCCCUUGUUUCUGGAGCGAGAGGCGGGCCUUUGGAAAGCAGGAAUGCGCUGGAAGUUUUCCUUUUAGAAAGCUCCCCUUCACAUGUUGAAGAACCUCCGUGCUCGAGCCUCACUAUGGACAUGUGGCCGCUCGUGCUCGUGUUUGUGCAGCUGUGCGUCUGCUCUGGGUAUGAAGGGUCAGGACAUUAUGCCUAUGGAGACGACGAGGACUGGUACUCUCGUAGAUAUAAAGGGACACCAUGGUGCGCUCCCAUAAAGUUGAAACAUGGGGACGUGAGUUGUCGCACACCAAGAGGAGAGCACUACAGGAACGUGAUGGGGACGCGCUGUAAGAUCCGCUGCAAGCAGGGAUACGAGUCCCAGAGCUCAGAAGUGGUGUGUAUGGCCAACAAACACUGGUCAUCAAACUACGCCUGCAGGGAGGUCCGCUGUCCCAAGCUCAGCAUGCCUGCUAAUGGCGGCUACAAGUGUUCAGAUGGCUCCUAUUUCAAUUCUCGCUGUGAGUUCUUCUGCUCUCCUGGAUUCAGCCUAAAGGGCCAGAAAACGACAACCUGCCAGCACACUAAGAUGUGGAGUGCUGGAGUCCCCACCUGUGUCGAUAUUGAUCCUCCAAAAAUCAAGUGUCCCAGUAUUAAGGAUAAGUGGGCAGAGCCAGGAAAACUGACAGCGCGGGUGAGCUGGGACACACCGGAGGGUGUAGACACUGCAGACGGAAUCCUAACAGAUGUCAUCCUGAAAGGGAAACCUUCAAAAUCAGACUUCCCCGAGGGGCUUCAUAAGAUGUCCUACACUGUGUUUGACCGAGCGGGGAACAAAGGAUCCUGUCGCUUCACUGUUAGAGUGCGAGUGCGCCGCUGCAGCCCACUGUUUGCCCCAGACAACGGUUACAUGAAGUGUGACAGCGACAAGGACAAUUAUGGAGCCUCUUGUGAGUUCACCUGCACUGGUGGCUUUGAGCUUCAGGGCAGCCCUGCUAGAGUGUGUCAGUAUGGACUCACCUGGUCUGGCAUAGACACCAACUGUGCAGCCAUGAACAUUAACGUGGGAGUGCGUACAGCUGCUGCACUGCUGGAUCAGUUCUACGAGAAGCGACGGCUCCUCAUUAUCUCGGCCCCAACGGCUGCCAAUCAUAAUUACCGCUUCCAGAUGACCAACCUACAGCAUGCCCAGUGUGGACUGGAUCUGAGGCAUGUGACAGUAAUUGAGCUGGUUGGGACUUACCCAGCACAGAUUGGCCGAAUUCGUCACAGACUGCUGCCCCCAGCUCUAGCCCUGCAGCUCAGGAUACUGCUCCGGAUUCCUCAAAGGUCUUUCCAAAUGGUGCUGAUAGACAAGCAGGGCAUGGAUAAGCAGCGCUACCCGUUCCCGAUCACAGCAGCUGAAUUAUUCACCACCAUCGACACCUUCCCGAUCCGCAAGGACGAGAUGGUGCUUCAGCAGGAAGCGGGCCAGACCUGUCAAUCUUAAACCGCUCACAGACUCUCAGCCACCUUUGAUCCUUUUACUCCUCAGACUUUCUUUUUCAAAUCCUCGUCACACACUCCUACCUGAACUCAUUCAGUCCUGUGUCCAGAGGGUGUGUGUGUGCUUCUGUGUGUGUGUGUUAAUGUGUGUGUGCAGUCGAGGUGUCAGUCUUGGUGCUGAUCUGGAACUAGCAGAUUUAUCAAAGAGAUUACUAUUGAAAUGGUUUAAACAGUAGAUUACAAUCACAUUGAUUCCUGUGUCUUGUCUGUCUGUAUGUUUUUAUAAUUAAUAAUAUUUCAAAGCAGAAUUGUUUUAUACUAUUUUGUACAAAAGUCUUUUUACUGUAUGAACUCAAAACUCUCACCUGUCUUAUAUUUAUGUCUCACAUCUUUGAUAAUGAUGUAUUUUGACACUCUCUGGAAGACUGUUAUAUGUACAGGACAGGACAGUGAUGCUGCUUCUGUUAGUGUGCUGUACAUCAAUGCCUUAAUUUACAAAACACUGAUUAAAGUAUGUUUAUCAUCGUGCUUUCA